UUUCUCUUAGUUCAGUUUCUUCCGAGCAGCCGACAACAGCAGUUGAAAGCUUUUAAAACUAAAAGUGGGAAAAAUAUUUUGCGACUGAUUGUAUUAUGCCGAUCAUAAUUCAAUAAAUACGCUUUUAUUCGUAAUGGAGCUAAAUAAUGUUGCAAUCUGUGAUGGUGGUCCAGGGAAACCAAAUGAAUCUAACAGCUCUCCAGAACCAGUGGGAGUGGCGCCUACUUCAAAGCCCGAGAGAAGCAAGCCUCAGUUGCUCUAUGCUAUAAAUGAGAAUCCUGUCUGGUACCUGAGCAUAUUCCUUGCAUUUCAACAUUAUCUAACAAUGAUUGGUGCGAUUGUAUCAAUACCGUUCAUAUUGACGCCAGCACUCUGUAUGUCCGAUGAGGAUCCAAAUCGCGGCAUAAUUAUAUCCACAAUGAUCUUCGUCACCGGUAUUGUCACAUACUUUCAAGCGACAUGGGGUGUUCGAUUGCCCAUCGUUCAGGGAGGAACUAUAUCUUUUCUUGUGCCUACUUUAGCGAUUCUUUCCUUGCCUCAGUGGAAAUGCCCAGCUCAAACUGUCAUCGAUGAAAUGAGUGAAGCUGAUCUUGAAGAAUUGUGGCAGAUCCGUAUGCGUGAACUGUCUGGAGCAAUUGCAGUAUCAGCCAUGGUGCAGCUCGUCCUAGGUUACACUGGACUUGUUGGAAAAAUAUUAAAGUAUGUGACUCCGCUAACGAUUGUGCCUACAGUUUCGCUGGUUGGACUCACACUUUUCGAACAUGCCGCAGAAACAGCAUCGAAGCACUGGGGCAUUGCGGUGGGUACCACAGGUAUGCUGACUCUCUUUUCCCAAAUCAUGUGCGAUGUUACGAUUCCUGUGGUUGCAUACCGAAAGGGCCGCGGUCUGGAGAUUCGUCAGUUUCAGCUUUUUCGCCUUUUCCCUGUUUUGUUAACCAUUAUUAUUAUGUGGGGCUUGUGCGGAAUUCUCACAGCUACGGAUGUUUUUCCGCCGUCGCAUCCAUCUCGGACAGAUGUUCGCCUCAAUGUGCUGACCAGUGCCAAAUGGUUCUAUGUGCCAUAUCCAUUCCAGUUUGGGAUGCCUUCAGUAACUUUAUCAGGUGUAUUGGGCAUGCUAGCGGGAGUGCUAGCUUGUACUGUUGAGUCUUUGAGCUAUUAUCCCACAGUUUCGCAAAUGUCCGGAGCUCACCCGCCUCCGUUACACGCCAUAAAUCGAGGAAUCGGUACGGAAGGUCUUGGCACAGUUUUGGCCGGUCUUUGGGGGGCUGGAAACGGCACAAAUACCUUCGGUGAGAAUGUGGGCGCCAUAGGGGUGACAAAGAUUGGCUCCAGACGCGUUAUACAAUGGGCUGCCCUGAUAAUGGUAAUACAGGGAGUUAUUGGAAAAUUUGGUGCUAUUUUUAUUCUUAUUCCCGAUUCUGUUGUGGGUGGAAUAUUUUGUGUAAUGUUUGGCAUGAUCAUAGCAUUCGGCCUGUCUACGCUGCAAUAUGUUGACUUACGGUCUGCGAGGAACUUGUAUAUACUUGGUUUAUCCAUAUUUUUUCCGAUGGUUUUAUGUCCAUGGAUGCAGCAACAUCCAGGUGCCAUAAAAACAGGCAAUGAAACGGUAGACUCUACGCUAACGGUACUGCUGGGGACGACAAUAUUGGUGGGAGGGUUUUUAGGAUGCCUCUUGGAUAAUAUAAUACCUGGCUCUCCCAAAGAACGUGGUCUUAUUGAGUGGGCCAACGAAAUGCCCCUGGGUGAUGAUAAUAUUAACGAUGGCACUGCAACUGAUUUCGACUUUCCUUAUGGGAUGAAUGCAGUACGAAAAUGGAAGUGGACUUACCAUGUGCCAUUUAUGCCCACCUAUAAACUGAAAAAACAAAACUGAAUGCCUCUCUGACAAAUAUGGUAUUCAAUUUAAUUUGUCAGCAACUUAAAUUCGAGUGUACAAAAUUAUAAUCAAUUUUAGAUUAUAUAACAUAGUAGAUGGAAGCCAACUAACGAAUAUAAUAACCCUGUGAACUUAAAUGAAGCACAACUCUCUUAGUCUUCCGCUAAAAAUUGCACAAACAAUAAAAAAAUUAUAUUUUAUUACAUUACAGAUGUAAAAGAUAAUGUGGAUAUGGAUAAAAAAAAUUAAAGCAUGUAAGAAAGUGGAAUUGUCGAUAUACAAUUAUGUUCAAUACAUACUUGACAUCAACAACCGUUGUGAAAACGUCUACAAUCUGUCUGGCGACGGACAGGCAUAAACACUGCAGGUAGACGGGGAGACAGACAGCCAGAAAAUUCUUCCGAAGCUAAAACAUAUAGAAGCUUUUCUAACGAGAUUA